GAUUCCACCUGAGGGGCGUACACAUUUCAUUUUAGUUUGAUUGUGUUUUCAACGUCUUAUGAAUUAAUUAGAAUUACCUAUUUUUUGGCAUUAAUUAUCUCACUAUCAACCACUCUGUAGCUAAGUUGUAGAGUUUGAAAUUCUUACACAAAUAUUUUUGCGGGAAAACAAAAAACUUGCAGCAUCGCAAUGCAUCCAUUUGUGCGUUGGAAUUUCAUGUACAUUUUGUCGUUUUCCGUUUUUAGCGGAAAACCACAGACAGUUUAGGUGCCAGUGUACUAUCGAACGUCAUUUAAUAUCCAAGAUAGCAAUGGAAUCGAUCAAACAAUCGCAGGAAAUUGCGUGAAAGUUUAAAUAUUUUUCAUUUGUUUUCUUGUGUUUUCUUGCUUAAAAACUUUUAUCACAUAUAAAAAGGCUAGUAAUGCCGCAAGCAGUUAAAAUUACGCCGGAAGAACUGUUGAAACUUCGCGAUGAUUGUAUGGAACGACUACGCGAAGCAAAAAUCUAUGAGUUGCGUAAUGAUGCUAAGUUGCGAGCGGUAAAUACAACUGAAACUUACGACGAGUUCAAAGACAUUGUGGAUGCUGCACAUUUGCAACCGGUAAGUAAGCGGGAUAAAAUGAAUGCGAAAACGAAGAGUCGUUUGUGGAAUUCAGCAGCACGUGAAGAAUAGGCUGAACUCACACACUUGUAUACACGUGCUUAAGGACGUACUAUAGAUGCAAAAAUAUGUAUGUACAUAUCGUCACUUUAAUUCACAAAGUCCAUAACCAACACUUUUCGAAACUGCGUUUUUCACAGAUUUUUGUAAAAAGUUGUAAAAUUUUAGCAAAAAUUGUAAAGUGAUAGUACCAAAAACAUCGCAGUUAGAUGCCACUUUUGAAAAAGCCC